AUGAUUGUGUUGAUAAUCCAUCUUCUUUAUAUUGUCUAAAAUUAAUUAGACCUCAGGAGUUUGUUCAAGUGAUAUAAUUAAUCAUAAUUUUAGGCCUUACUACUCAAAAGUCCAAUCAAACUUAGAGGUAUCAUCAGGAACCUGUAAUAAUUCUAUCGUUCUAGAUAUUUAUUUCAAAAAUGAUGGAAUGUAAAUUGUGAUAGAAAGAGCGCCAUAUAUGAUUGAAUCGUAAGCAACCAUCUCAAAUUUAUAUGCACCAGAUAUCAAUGGAAAUCUUUAUGGUAUUUGUUCAAGAUAUCUUUGGUUACACUGCGACAGAAUUUAUGUUUCACAGACCAUCUGAACAUAAUAUUGAAGGCUCUUGCUAUGAUUUAGAAAUGCAAAUAGCCCACAAAUUAAAAAUAGAAUUAAGUAGUGUUAUUUUUAGUCUGAGUUCAGUGCCACCAUUACGAAAG